AUGGACUAUGAGCCCGAUGGGACGCAAGAGCUGCUGAUUGACUCGUCCCAGGAGAGAACUGCGAGACGCACCGAGCACCUGCUAGUGGCAGCAAGGUUGUCCUUCUUUUUCUUCCACGGCCUCCUCAUCAUCUCGGCCUCCCUUGGCUUCGAGGAAGUGUCGUGGUGGCUGAUCUUUACCCCUGCGUGGCUGGGAGAUGUGGUUUGCCUCGUGCUCGUGAUUCUCUCCUGGUUUGGCUCUUGCCCGUAUGUCCAAUACUGUCUGCAAGAGCGGCAGGCGCGGCUUGGAGACACAAACCCGAGCAUUCUGACGGACAUCCUCCCGGACAUAGUCAUGGGCAUCUUGUCCCUCAUUUACAUGCUUCUUGCUCUUGUGGCGGAGCUCCUCCUGUGCAGAUACCUCAGCGAGCUGAGUCACGGCUUCGAUGCGGUACCCGUGGCACCGGUAACAGUCAUCAUGCUGGUAUCGAUCUUGACCUGUUGUCGAGGACUCUGCAUCUUCACCAACAGUGCUCUCUUCUGUUGCAUCGGCUUGGCGGCUCUGUCUACUUGUGUGCUCUUGCUGGUCACGGAGGAUGUGCCAGGGCCGACUUGGGUGCUCUUUGUGCCAUGGGCAGCCGCCGUUCUUUGCCUCCUGCUCUCUGCCAUAUGUCAGCUGCAGCGCUGCCGCUGCAUAUUGUGCCGGGAGGAGCUGAUUCUUCGGAUUCUGGAGUUGGUGGUGUUGACGUUAGUCUUGACGUCUGUGCUGGCCGCAAUCGUUGAGCUCUCGCAAUCCCUCGCUCUAGGCAUUGGAGAUAGCAAUGUGGGAAUGGCGGGUAUCGUGGCAGGGACAGGUAUUUGUGCGCUUGCUCUACUGCAUGCGCGGAUGGCCGUGGCCGAAAGCAGGUUUGGCGCCAUCAGCGACCGGCUCUUGAUUGCUGAGAUGAGAUGUGGCGAGAACGCAAGCCUACCAAGCUCCGUCGCCUCUGUCCAUCUGGAGGUCAGCGGCGACCUCUCCUUGUCAGCAGCGGCAAGAAGUGGUAGCGGCUGGCAAAGCGGGCGAAUGGUUCGUGUUGUUUGCCCACCUGAUCCAGAGGUAGGCGAUGCAACGUCGAACAGCGCUGCAGCCUCCGCCGAAGCGACAUGA